AUGUCGGCGACCAACUCGCGUCGAACUUCGGUGGGCAAUUUGCUGCGGCAAUUCGCCGCCAGCAUCAUCCCCAUCACUCAGGUGUCCGUCAAGCCAACGGUUCGUCAAAAACAAUCUCAGCACUUCCCACUCACUUUCUCCACAUUCCUUAUCUUUUCUUGACCUCCGGGCGGACUUGUGCGUAACGCUGGUCCGGGCUGGCCCAGGCUUUGGACCUCUCUUUUUUGCAAAGAGCUUGGGCCAAGUCGGGCCUCGAGGCGAGCUUUCCAGUUUUUUUAUAAAAUUUUCCAAAAAAUCAAAGCUUCUGUUGAUAUUUGGAGAAAAAAUGAACUAAAAACGUGAUUUUUGUCGUUGAAAAAUUGAGUUUUUUGGACUUUUCCGAGCUUUUUCGAUUAAGACCUGGCUGAGGAAGGGCCGGUUCGGACCUAGAAAAUAUCCGGGAGGUAGAUAAGUUGACGGGCUGGCCGUCGCACGAGUCUGCCCCCAGCCUAGCUUGAUUUUCAAAAACUAGCCCUAUUUACUAUGCACCCGUCCAAUUUAUACACUUUUCUCGUAACCUUUGAUUCUACGCCUCAAUCUGUAAACCUAACGGUUCCAUUCCAAACAAUUUAUAUUUGUACAUCAAAAUUUUUUGGCAGGUACUCAUUUUAGGAACGCCAGAGUGGUCCCUAUGGUGGUUAGGGGAAAACAGUCUAUAAAGGGGACAAGUGGGCCCUAUAGGGGUUUAGGAUCGCACGUCAAAGCUUCAAAAGCGCAAGUGGUCCCUAAAUGGAUUUUUUAAAUUUGCCCAGACUUAAAAAUUUUGAAGACAAACUUCAUCUUCUGUUGAUAUUUUUCAUUCGAAAAACACUGAUUUGUCGAGUCUUGUGCAUGGGAAUUCUUCUUUUCAUAGAAUUCCUAAGAAUAGUAGACUUGCAUGUCCCCUAUAGGUGCCACUAACUGAAAUCCUUAAAGAGCCACUUUUGCAGGCUUUAAUGACCCUAGAGGACAACUUUAAGAGUCCUAAGGUUGUCCAUAUAGAAACCGCAGCACCGUAGAGUAGGAUUAAAAACCUUCCUAAUUUUUAAGUUCAAUAAAAAAAACGAGACAAAACUAAAAUAAUUCAGUGAUACGACUAUAGAAACAACCAAAAUUUAACAUAGCUUCUAGGGGUUUUGAAUAACUAUUUUUCCGUUUUCUGAAUAAAAAUAGGAAAAGCUAGCAAAAGUCACUUGGCAACGAAACGAAGGCAAUCACGAUUUCCGCUUGCGUUUUCUAGUCAAAAAGAAGCUAUUCAUUUUUCUAUUCAAAUAUCUUCAUUUCACUUCCGAAAAAAAUCACGCAAUCGUCUGUAAAAAGUGCAUUAAUUGAGAAUCAUAAUGACUCGUAUGACUAACAAUGGAAAUUGAAACAUUUCUUCUUUGGAUUGAAAUUUGAUGCGAGCCGCUUUUUUUUUGCUUCCGCCAUCCCCGCGGCGCUUAAAAGGAGAGAAGAAUACGCCGAAGCUUCACUAUAUUUUAUUCAUUAACUGGCCAUUUUGCUACUUUUUUUAAUUAAUACAUUAAUAAUUUAAUAAUUGACUCGGUGAAAAAUGCGGCGAAUGCUACCUUCUUUUCCGACUAAGCCGACCGACUUUGAGGUUUCUCGGCUCCUUUUUAUUUGUUAUAUCAUUCGAACUAAUAAUUUUUUUAUGAAAUAAUCCUAAAUAUUUCUUGAAACUUGAAUUUACAGAAUAUUUAUACCAAACGUGUCUAUUUUUAGGGCCUUCUUUUGAUCUCGUGUAUAAAAAUUCCUAAUCGGCCUUCCAGGAAACAUAAAAAAUUCCUGAAAGGUUUCAAAAAAAUCCUGAUUUACAUGGUAAAAUCUUUCUUCUUGGUCCCAUAAUUACCUGGAAAAACCAAUCUCAAAAAAAAUUUUAAAAACGAGUAGCUCCGCGGAAAAAAACGGUCAAACGGUAAAAUUUAUGAAAAAGUUCUCUAAAUGUGCAGAAACAUUUUACGAAUUUUAAAAUUGAUGUUUUUCAGAUGCCAACUACACAAAUCAACAUCGUUUUGGCUGAGCCGAGGGUCGUCGCCGGUGAACUUUUGAACGCGAAGGUUUUUAAUUUUUUAAAGUUUUUUUUUCUCAUUUUCUUUUCAUAAUUUCUGAUUUUUAACGGAAAGCUCCCAUCCAACUAUCAAGGCAGUUAUAGCAAAAAAAAGAGUCAAAAUUAAUUGAAAAACGCGAAAAAAAAAGAAAAAAAAUGCGCGUGUGUGGACUGCGGAUCGGCUGCAAACACAGUACGCUAAGCAGCACAAAAGUCUUCCACUCAAGGCCUUUUUCUCCUUUUAGUUUACACCUUGAUGCCGUGUUCAAUUCGAUUCCGCGAAAUUCAAAAUACCCGUUAGAGAAAGGAAAAUAUAAAUAAAAAUUUUGGAGAGUCAGAAAUCAUUUUGCAUUUCGCGGAAUCAAAUUGAACACGGCAUGAAAGUUUUCAAUUUUAGGCUUACCUUUCAUGUUUUGAAGGUUCUACUGGACUCCUCGGAUCCGGAUACAAUUAUCAACUCGUUUACAGCAGAAGUCAAAGGUGUGGGCCGAACCGGCUGGGUAAAUAUACACACAGACAAGAUAUUCGAGACUGAAAAGGUAAAUUUUUUUUUUCCUAAACUUUUUCAAGUCUUUUUAGGCUUACAUCGACACUGUUGUACCAUUAUGCGAGCCUGGAACCGCUAUCGGUGUCGGCAAACAUCAGUUUCCAUUCCAGGUUAUUAAAAGAGUUUAAAUUCGUAGUUUUUAUUAAUUUUUUUAGGUGAGAAUUCCGGCCAACUCUCCGAGCAGCUAUGAAAGCCAGUUUGGCAGUAUACGUUAUCAGAUGAAAGUUGAAUUGAACGCCAAUACUGAGCAGGUUUAUCCAGAAAAUACUCCGAAUGAAAAUUAUUGUUAAGGCAACGUGCUCCGAAGUUUUCCCAAUUGUAGUUUUGACUCGGUCGUUUUUUGACGAUAUCCCAGCCAACGUAUUGUCGCCGAUUGAUUUCAAAGAUGAAGUGAAGAACUUAUUUCUUUAUUAUAAUUGAAUUUUAGAAAUUUAGGUUGAUUUCACAUGUUGUACUUUGCCGUUUGGUUGCGUUUCACUGGUCGUUUCAUUACCUAGGACAGCGUAUCGGAUAGGAGAAGUUAGUUUUUUUUUUUCGAACAGCUGAAUAAGAAAGGCAUUGAGGUGAUAGAAGCACAAGUGACGAUAAAUAAUCGGACCCGAAAAGGGCUGAAAGAAGUCGCCUUGCAACUUGUGAUGAAAUCGCAGUUUGAAGCAAAGGAGCAGGUUGUUUUUUUGAAAGUUAAAUUUAGUGAUAAUAAUUUUAUCACUAGUUUUUUUUUUAAAAUGAAACAUUGACAAUUCCAGAUACGAACACGUCAAUGAGAAAAAGCUCACGGAGCAGUUAAUUGAACUUGUUGCUUUGGGAGCCGUCAGGUCUAGGUGUAGAAUGGUUAGUGUUUUCUGAAACUUGCACAAGACUUCCUCAAUUUUUCAGGAGUUUGAAAAAUGCCACAUUCGGAUACCAGACGCCGUUCCGCCAACACAGAACUACAAUAAGGGCGGUGGCGACACGGCCAUUAUCGCCAUUCAUUACGUUUUGAAAAUGACGGCGUUACCUGGUUAGUAAGUUUAACAACUGAUCGCACAUAAUUGAAAAUUCACUGUUAAGAAGAAAACUGUAAAGAAAGAGGAAAGUUUUGAAAAUAUCCGCAUCGUAAAUUCUUUUGCAACUUCCACUCUUUCACUACACAGCUUUUUGAAAGAAAGUUUUCGUUUUAUUGAUUACUUAGGAUAAAAAUUUCACUAACCUUUUUUUCUCUUUUUUUUCACGCAUGGUAUCCAUUGACAACAGUUAGCGAAGUCUAGAACGAAUGAUAGCGGUCUAUUUUUGCUUAGAUUGAUCUUGAAAGUUUUUUUUUUCAUUGGUAUCAUACAUGAGCAGACCAUUUUAUGAAGCCGCCGACUUCUCCUCCCAAGUUUUCCUUGAUAAAUGUUACAAGUACCUCCCUGAGACUAAGAUUUGUAUGCUAUUGUUGCCAAAACUACCUUCCUAGGGUUGAAACUUGAUUUUAUUCAAAAUUUUCCGAGUUUUUUGUAAGCUUACCUUUCUCCCGGGCUGAAUGAGCUCGCCAAUUGCUCACCUAUGUACUUCUCUAAGGUUUCCAUUAAAAUCUAUCAAAAUCAUCUCCUGACGAGAUAGUAAAUUGAUUUUAUUCCUUUUUUUUGAAAAUUAUCAAGUUAAAACCUCCUCCCAGACUUAUUGAGCUCAUCACUUGCCCAUAAAUGAUCAGGAUUGCUUGGUGAUGCUCUUUAAAAGAUUCGAAGCAUAAAAAACCGGUUUCCCUUUAUUUCCGUUCAUUCUUUUUUUCUCUGAACCAAUGAAUUUUUUUCAAGGAAUCGAGUGUGAGAUUCCGUUGAUGAUUACGAGCGCCGGGUACAUGGAUCCGAACAAGCAGGCCGCAUUUCAAAUGCACAUUCAAAGAGGCAAAAACGCCAGUUCCAACGUCCCCCGGAACACGAAAAAUAUCGUGGAAGGGAGCAAUUAUCGAUGA